GGAGAGGUGGGGGAGGGAUCAGGUCUUUUGAUCCCCCCUUUGGGUUGAAAAAGAAGGGGCAGUGGGGGAAGGAGAGAAUCGCCGAACUCUCGCUCUCUUUCCGCUGAUACAUUUCGGGCAACGUCCUAAUCCAUCCGACCCCCCCCGCUCCCCCCCUUUUUUUUUACUCUCAGAUGCUGUCGCGAAGCUUGUGAGGAGGUGGAUGGUAGGGAGGAAUCAGCGUAGCGCUGCGGAUUACUUUUCUCCUUUCCACGAGAAGGGCUAAGGGAGGUAGAUUUUGAGCGGGGGCUGUUUUUAAGGAAGUACCGGGCGCCCGAUUACGGAGGGGGCGGGAAAAAGAACCCCACCGACAACUACGGGAUCAAUGAGAGAAGACUCUGAGGAUCCCCUGCUGACUUGAGGAAGAAAAGAGAGGCACGCAGAUUGCUGAGGAACUUAAAAAGGAAAAAAGCUCUACCAGAAGGAACUCCAGGAACCAUGAGCAGCGCAGCAUUGCUGACUCACCUUCCAGACCCUAGCAGCAGCUUCAGGGAAGAUGCCCCACGCCCCCCUGUACCAGGGGAAGAAGGAGAGACACCAUGCCAUCUGGCUGCCAGUUUCUUUGCCAUGAAAAACCAAAGCUUCAAGGCCAUGUCUGUAUCUUCCACCCCAAGGAGGAAUGAAGAUGGUCUUGGGGAGCCAGAAGGAAGUGCAUCUCCAGAUUCCCCUCUAGCACGGUGGACCAAAUCCCUGCAAUCUUUACUAGGUGAUCAAGAUGGUGCUUAUCUCUUUCGGACCUUCCUGGAAAGGGAAAAAUGUGUGGAUACUUUAGACUUCUGGUUUGCCUGCAAUGGCUUCAGGCAGAUGGACCUUAAGGAUACCAAAACUUUAAGAGUAGCCAAAGCUAUCUACAAAAGGUACAUUGAGAAUAACAGCAUUGUCUCCAAACAGCUGAAGCCUGCCACAAAGACCUACAUACGGGAUAACAUCAAGAAGCAGCAGAUCGAUUCUAUAAUGUUUGAUCAGGCACAGACUGAGAUUCAGACUGUGAUGGAGGAAAAUGCUUACCAGAUGUUUUUGACUUCUGACAUAUACCUCGAAUAUGUAAGGAGUGGGGGAGAAAAUCCUGCCUACAUUAAUAGCAAUGGACUGGGGAGCUUAAAAGUGGAUUGUGGCUACCUUCCUACCUUGAAUGAAGAAGAGGAAUGGAGCUGUGCUGACCUUAAAAACAAACUUUUGCCCUCCAUACUUGGACUGUCCAGUAAGACCUUGAGGGCUACAGCCAGUGUCCGAGCUACAGAAACUGUGGAAAAUGGGUUUAGGUCCUUCAAGAGGAAUGAUCCAGUUAACCCUUACCACGUGAAUUCCGGCUACGUCUUUGCUCCUGCCACUAGUGCAAAUGACAGCGAGGUUUCUAGUGAUGCCCUGACUGAUGAUUCUAUGUCAAUGACCGACAGCAGUGUUGAUGGGAUCCCUCCUUACAGAAUCGGGAGCAAGAAGCAGCUCCAAAGAGAAAUGCAUCGGAGUGUCAAGGCCAACGGUCAAGUUUCUCUACCUCAUUUUCCAAGAAGCCACCGUCUCCCUAAGGAAAUGACCCCCGUGGAGCCAGCCACGUUUGCAGCCGAACUCAUCUCUCGGUUGGAAAAGCUCAAGCGGGAACAAGAGACCAUGGAUUGCUUGGAAGAGAGGCUGCAGCAAAUCACAGAGGAUGACGAAAAGGAGAUCUCUGACACGCCUGUCGCUGCCCAGGGCAACCGAGAGGUUGUCACCCUGCAACAUCAGCAGCACCCCCUUACGCUUCUUCCCACCGGCAGCUAUGAAGACGACCCUCAGGCAAUUCUGGACGACCACCUUUCCCGCGUGCUAAAGACCCCCGGGUGUCAGUCUCCUGGCAUGGGGCGGCAUAGUCCUCGUGCUCGCUCUCCAGACCGACUCCCAGGAGGCAAGUUCCUGCUAGCCACGCCAGGCAAGACCUCUGUGCCCACGGCUUGUGCUCUUCUCAGCAAAGGAAUUGUCACCAAGCAGGCCACCAAGCACGUGCACCAUCACUACAUCCACCACCACACUAUCCCCAAAACGAAAGAGCAGAUAGAAGCUGAGGCAGCCCAGCGGGUCCAGUGCUUAUGUGCUGGGGGCAGUGAUUAUUACUGCUAUUCAAAAUGCAGAGGACACUCGAAGGGGGCGGACCUUCCUGUUGCUCAGCUGGAGCCAUUUGGCCUCAGCAGGACUGGGACGCUCCCCAAAAGGAACUGUAAGCUCCAGGAUGGCAUUGUCCUGCCAGGUGGAGAAGGAGGUGGCCUCCCCGUCCCACCAGGCAUACAGCUACCCGGUGGGGAAGCCGAUCGCUCCCAGAACGUCUGGCAGUGGAUGUUGGAGAGUGAAAGACAAUCUAAGCACAAGCCCCAUAGCACGCAAAGCACAAAGAAGGCCUACAAUUCUGACUCCACCAGAGGGGCAUCUGGUGAGCGUCCAGCCCGUCACCACCAGUGGGGCAAUGGCAGUCACCCGCGGGCUGUGCAGCCUGCCCACCCCUUUGUCCAGGAUCCUGCCAUGCCCCCGCUGACUCCACCCAACACACUGGCCCAGCUGGAGGAAGCUUGCCGCAGGCUAGCUGAAGUGUCCAAGCCACAGAAACAACGGUGUUUGACUUCAAAUCAGCUUAGAGAUCGAAACCACUUGGCUUCUGUACCAGGAGGGAAUGGUCCUUUCUGCACUACAACCAUGGCAUCAGAAGAUCACAAAGAACCAAAGAAACUCCCUGUUGUUCACUCCUCCCAGCCCAGUGAGUUGGUUGUCACUUAUUUUUUCUGUGGAGAAGAAAUUCCCUAUAGGAGGCUGUUAAAGGCCCCAAGCCUGACACUUGGGCACUUUAAAGAGCAGCUGAGCAAAAAGGGAAAUUAUAGGUAUUACUUCAAAAAAGCAAGUGAUGAGUUUGACUGUGGGGCAGUUUUUGAAGAAAUCUGGGACGAUGAUGCCAUUCUGCCAAUGUACGAAGGCAGGAUUCUUGGAAAAGUUGAGAGGAUUGAUUGACAGAUUUUGAGUGGCAUAGUCUAUGCGACUGUAUUUAAGAAGACAUAAGCUACAGAUGCUGGCCUUUGGACAUAACCACCAAACAAAGCUUUUGAAGGAAGGUUUGAACCAAUGAAGAAGCAACAAAAAACACAUUGAGGUCUAUGAAGACUUUGCCAAAUCAGCCUUAGCAAAAAGAUUUUAAGAUGUGUCUAUGGAGCUGGAUGCCAAGAUGUUAACAACCCUGAACUAUUUAUUAAAAAUAUGAUCACUCUAGGUGAUUGGAAGAUGCAGAUGAUGUUCUGAGAGACUUGCAUAUAUAGUAUAUGGCUUCCUAAUAAUUCUGUACUUAAUGAUUUAGAAACUGUGUAUAGCUUACCUUACAAUAAUCCUUAUUGAUAUUUAUUGAACAUUCUAGGUUUUAUUUUCCUUUAAAUCCAUUUUAUGGAUAUGCUGCUUUAAACAAUGGAGAAAAGAGGGGACAUGAUGUAACGAAAAGUGGUGUUUUAUAUUUUAUUUUUUACAUUGUUUCCACUAUCUAAAUAAAUGUGUCCUUUAUUAAAAUGUGCAUUUGUUUCUGCCACCUUAGAAAACCAACUGGAAUUAUGAUCUUCAGUUGUUUUAUUUCUUUGGAAAGGGGAUGAGAGAGGAAGAGAUAAAUCCAUUCUACAGAGUAGGGUAUUUUGAUCAGUGAUGCUCUGGGUCUUGUUCAGGGACAACAUUCUCAAUUGCCUAAAACAAUCUCUAGGAGAUCAGGAGCACUUCGAAGAUCUUCACACUCUUUCCUUUGCCCUCUUUUUCCCAUUCCUGUUUUGGAUUUAAUCAUACUGCAGAGUAACUAUGCCAACCUCUGGAUGUUCUGAGACUACAAUUUCCAGAAUUCCUAGCCAACAUAGCAAAAGAACUGGCUGUUUGGAAACCCUAGAAGUUGAAGUCCCAAUAUAAUUAGCGGUCACCUGAUUGGAGAAGGGUACGGUAGAAUUAUGCCUGUACACAUGCUGGUAUUAACAAUGGUUAAUUUAAAUAGAGUUUGAAACUCACCAUGAUUGCUUCUAACAGAAUUUCAGAGGUGCUAUGGGAAAGGUGCUACUGCUUUUGGGUGAGUCCCAAAAAAGGAAAAUGGGAAAACCUGAUUUUGAAGAGUCGCAUACAAAAUUUAAAAUAAAUGUAAAGAUUGUGUGCAGGAGAGGUGAUAGACUGCAUGUGUCCACGGAACAUCUGAUUGCCUAACUACAAACAGUAGGCUGGGGAAAUUGUCUCUGUUCCAGGGCUAAGGGUAUUCUCAUGGGUUAACUAUAACAGCUACAAGAGGUAAUAACAAUGAUGUUUAGGUCUUGUCAGUUUUCUGUGGUAUCAUGAAGCACCUGCAUAGCUUUCUUUUUUUGGUAUGGUUUCUGAUGCCUGCUUCUAAGAACUCCCAAUACAGAAUGAUAUCGGUCAUGUAUGUCGAUUCCAACCAUAGAAGGAGAAGCAGUAUAUGAAAUCAUCCAAUUUGCACUUAAUGUAGCUAACAGUACAUUGGUGAAGAUAUUCACCAAAUUUGUACUGGGCUUUUUAUAAACAACAGCAACAAAAAAGUUUCCCUUUCAGGGCACUUUCAGCAUUAAAGCUAUAAUUAAAAGGCCAGAUUGUCCAAUGUGAUGAUGCCCCAUCUUAAAUGUAACCACCACUCAAGUGCAUGGAAACUAUGGAUUGGUGUCUUGUAGCAACUCUGAACAGCUUGAAGUUCCUGCAAGGUCAAAGUAUAAGUUUGGAGGCAUCAUCAUUAAAAUGGUAGUAGUAGCUCCCUAGAGCCCAGAAAUAUUACAAAAUCAAACAAAUCCAUGGGUGAUAACCUUCCAGCUCUUAUACCCUUGGAUAACUCAGCCAUUUCUAGUUGCUUCGUGGAGCAUGAAUGGUGGAUGAGCUAGCUGGCUUCCGAGACUGCAUCUGGAAGAGCAGUAGCCUCUGCAUCUCAAGCUGUCACAAUAUGUAUGUGUCUGUGUGUGUACACGCUUCUUGGAUGAUGGCUGAAAUAUGCAGAACACUUCUCCUCUGUCUCGAUUAUAUGCACUGGAACGAAGUAACACCAUCGCCUAACUUAGAAAGACAUUUAACUUCAACUUCUUUGUGUGUGUGUGUGUGUGUUUUAACGUGCAUUUUAUGACAAUGUUACAUUUUGUUUGUACAAUGUGAUGUAUAUAGUGUAAAAGAUGGGGUGGGGAAAAUA